AGACCAUGUGCUCUGCUGUGUUGUGCCGCGGUGAGCGCAAGCGGCGAGUGACAGUAGUGUCUACUACUACUUCUGCCCUGGAGCAGCUCUCAUGCCAGCCACUUGUGUUGUGUCGGGUCGGGGGGCCGCCGCCUUCUCCCUCCCUCCCUCCCUGUUGCUUUCCGUUGCUUUCUCUAUCUGCAGUGCAGUGCUGGGUAGCUUCGCUUCCGAUUCUCUCUUCUCUUCUUCCCGCAUCAUCUGCUUCUGGACAGGCCAUCUCCAUCACCACCACCACCACCACCACCAUAAGAGAAGCAGGCAGGCGGCAGCCCACCAUUCCAUUCCCAUUCUUUCUUCACCGGCCCCGUGCCGAUGCCGACGCCUGCUCUGCCCCCACAAGCACUCUGAGCCACCAACCAACGGCAUCUACCAUGGCUGCCCCUACCUCCUUCCUCCCCAUCCUCUUCCUCCUCCUCGCCAAUGCUGCCCGGGCGCUCAACCAGGACGGCGUCCACCUGCUCAACGCCAAGCGCGCGCUCACCGUCCCGCCGGACGCGCUCGCCGACUGGAACGCCAGCGACGCCACGCCCUGCGCCUGGACGGGCGUCACCUGCGACGCCGCCACCGCCGCCGUCACCGACCUCUCCCUCCCCAACCUCAACCUCGCCGGCUCCUUCCCGGCCGCCGCUCUCUGCCGCCUCCCGCGCCUGCGCUCCGUCGACCUCAGCACCAACUACAUCGGCCCCGAUCUCGACCCCGCCCCCGCCGCGCUCGCCCGCUGCGCCGCCCUCCAGUACCUCGACCUCUCCAUGAACUCGCUCGUCGGCCCGCUCCCCGACGCGCUCGCCCACCUCCCCGAUCUCCUCUACCUCAGGCUCGACAGCAACAACUUCUCCGGGCCCAUCCCGGACUCCUUCGCCCGAUUCAAGAAGCUCCAGUCGCUCUCCCUCGUCUACAACCUGCUCGGCGGCGACCUCCCGCCUUUCCUCGGCGCCGUCUCCACGCUCCGGGAGCUCAACCUCUCCUACAACCCCUUCGCGCCGGGGCCCGUGCCUGCCGCGCUCGGCGGCCUCUCCGACCUGCGCGUGCUCUGGCUCGCCGGCUGCAACCUCGUCGGCCCCAUCCCGCCGUCCCUCGGCCGCCUCACCAACCUCACCGACCUCGACCUCUCCACCAACGGGCUCACCGGCCCCAUACCGCCGGAGAUCACCGGCCUCACCAGCGCGCUCCAGAUCGAGCUCUACAACAACUCGCUCACGGGACCCAUCCCCAGGGGAUUCGGCACGCUCAAGGAGCUCAGGGCCAUCGAUCUAGCCAUGAACCGCCUCGACGGCGCCAUCCCGGAGGACCUCUUCCACGCGCCCAGGCUCGAGACCGCGCACCUCUACUCCAACAAGCUCACGGGGCCCGUGCCGGACUCGGUGGCCACGGCGCCGUCGCUCGUCGAGCUCCGCAUCUUCGCCAACAGCCUCAACGGCUCGCUGCCCGCCGACCUCGGCAAGAACGCGCCGCUCGUCUGCCUCGACGUCUCCGACAACGCCAUCUCCGGCGAGAUCCCCCCGGGUGUAUGCGACCGCGGGGAGCUGGAGGAGCUGCUCAUGCUCGACAACCAGCUGUCGGGGCGCAUCCCCGAGGGGCUCGCCCGCUGCCGGAGGCUGCGCCGGGUGCGCCUCUCCAACAACAGGCUCGCCGGGGACGUGCCCGACGCCGUCUGGGGCCUGCCGCACAUGUCGCUUCUCGAGCUCAACGACAACCAACUCACGGGAGAGAUCUCCCCGGUCAUCGCCGGCGCCGCCAACCUGUCGAAGCUGGUGCUGUCCAACAACCGGCUCACCGGGAGCAUCCCGUCGGAGAUCGGGUCGGUGUCCGAGCUGUACGAGCUGUCGGCCGACGGCAACUUGCUGUCUGGCCCGCUGCCGGGCUCUCUCGGCGACCUGGCUGAGCUCGGCCGCCUCGUGCUGCGGAACAAUUCGCUGUCGGGGCAGCUGCUCCGGGGGAUCCAAUCAUGGAGGAAGCUGAGCGAGCUCAACCUCGCGGACAAUGGCUUCAGUGGCUCCAUACCACCGGAGCUGGGUGACCUGCCGGUGCUCAACUACCUCGACCUCUCCGGCAACGAGCUGACCGGCGAGGUACCGAUGCAGCUGGAGAACCUGAAGCUGAACGAAUUCAAUGUCUCGGACAACCAGCUGCGCGGCCCGCUGCCGCCGCAGUACGCCACGGAGACGUACCGCAACAGCUUCCUGGGCAACCCUGGGCUGUGUGGUGGGUCGGAGGGAAGGUCGAGGAACCGCUUCGCCUGGACCUGGAUGAUGCGGUCCAUCUUCAUAUCUGCAGGUGUCAUCCUGGUCGCUGGAGUCGCGUGGUUCUACCGGCGGUACCGGAGCUUCAGCCGCAAGUCAAAGCUGCGCGCCGACCGCUCGAAAUGGACACUGACGUCCUUCCACAAGCUGUCGUUCAGCGAGUACGAGAUCCUUGAUUGCCUGGACGAGGACAACGUCAUCGGCAGCGGCGCGUCCGGGAAGGUGUACAAGGCCGUGCUGAGCAACGGCGAGGUGGUGGCAGUGAAGAAGCUGUGGAGCAGCACGGCGGGGAAGAAGCCCGCCGGCGCCGACAGCAGCUUUGAGGCGGAGGUGAGGACGCUGGGCAAGAUCCGGCACAAGAACAUCGUGAAGCUGUGGUGCAGCUGCAGCUGCAGCUGCAAGGAGUGCAAGCUGCUGGUGUACGAGUACAUGCCGAACGGCAGCCUCGGGGACGUGCUGCACAGCGGCAAGGCGGGGUUGCUGGACUGGGCGACGCGGUACAAGGUUGCGGUGGGUGCGGCGGAGGGGCUGUCGUACCUCCACCACGACUGCGUCCCGGCCAUCGUCCACCGGGACGUGAAAUCCAACAACAUCCUCCUGGACGCCGACUUGAGUGCCCGUGUGGCGGAUUUCGGGGUGGCCAAGGUGGUGGAGACCCAGGGGGGGACCGGCAAGUCCAUGUCCGUGAUCGCCGGCUCAUGCGGUUACAUUGCGCCUGAGUAUGCAUACACGCUUCGCGUGAACGAGAAGAGCGACACGUACAGCUUCGGCGUGGUGCUGCUGGAGCUUGUGACGGGGAAGCCGCCGGUGGAUCCCGAGUUCGGGGAGAAGGACCUGGUGAAGUGGGUGUGCAGCACCAUGGAGGAGCAGAAGGGCGUGGAGCACGUGGUGGACAGCAGGCUGGAGCUGGACAUGGCGGCGUUCAAGGAGGAGAUUGUCCGGGUGCUCAACAUCGGGCUCCUGUGCGCCAGCUCGCUGCCGAUCAACCGCCCGGCGAUGCGGAGGGUGGUCAAGAUGCUGCAGGAGGUGCGUGCGGUGGACAGGCCUGACGAAAGAGUGGAGGGAAGGCUCAAGCCCUGACUGAAGCCGGCUGGUGGGCAGAGUAGCAAGGAGGAAGGAGGAAAUGCAUGUGGGGUGCAGUGGUUGGUUCCUAGUAAUUGGUAUGGUAGUCCACGGCACUAGUUGCUGUUGCUGUCUUGCAUUGCAUGAUUGCACGUUGAUUCCCAAUCAGAUGUAGGUGUGUGCAGUAAUUGGGUGUUCCCAUCCCAUGGAUGGAUGGUGGUUGCAUUGCAUUUGCAUCACUCGCCAUCACAAUUCACACACACCAUCA